AUGAUUGAAGCCUCCAAUAACAAGGAAAUACAAGUAAACUGGACUGGUUUUCUGAGCCAAAAUAACUCACUGCAUGAAUCCAUCAAACUGGACAGCAAAAUAAACUCAUAUGGAAUUAUUCUGAACGAGAUAUGCCCCUUCAGCGACGACAAUGAUAGCGCGCAAAUUACACAGUUUCACGUAGAAACAGAAUGCAAACUUUUCUUCGGGAAAAAUUUGCAAUGGAAUCAUACUAUCGUUCGUAAUGCUCGGGCUAUUUCAUUCCUUUAUAUGGCCAACAGAUCCUCGGAAUCUCAAGCUCGUUUUGAUAAAGAUGGAGUAAUUAUGCUGAACGUUACUAUACCCAAAAGUGCCGAUGGUCUCCAAGGAAAAGAAGCCUUUUCUCUUGUCCCAGGUCGUGGCAUUACGCUAGAACUUACGGUGAAGAAUUUACUACUAAAAAAGACAAGUCGCAUUGCCCCGAUUCUACUCACCUUUUCUGAGCAGCCUGUGGCGGAUAAUGAAAAUUUUGAAACUUCCCUUGAUAUGGAUCCUUCCGGAGAGGAAACGCUGAUGAAUAUGUUCCUUGCAAGAAGACGCAAGUUCGAGAGUAACUGGUAUUCUAGAAUGCUGGACCUGCUACUGCGUCUGCGACAGUCAGUCGGUCGAACCCCAGCCUUCCUCCAAUGGCGUAGAACCUGUCAGGUAGAAAACUCCUCCGCUCCGAGCGCCUCCCGUCAGACACACAUGGGUCCUCAACUGAGGGUACCGAAAAGUUACCCCCAAAAGUACAAAUACAGCCUUCCCUUCGCGCUUUACGGCGAUCGAUUUAAUCAAAAUCCAAUAGCAGGACAGGAGCCGAUUGGUCUACGACUACAGCCUAUUGCCUUUGGAACACCCAAAGAUGGUUUCUACAUGGAGACGGAAUAUGUUUCUUGGUUAGUUACCAUCAGAAUAUUUUUUGCUAUGUUUUGCCCGAGAUGUAAUACUGGAAAGCAAAAAUAG